AUGGGGCCGUGGAAGACAAUUAUCUUCGCCGCGUACGCCUUGUCAGGGCACUCGUGGGCUGCCGUAGUGCCCUUCAUCCCGCCCGCUGACCAGGAGAACAACCUUGUCGCCGAGCGAGACCUGCACAAUGCAAACCACAUAUUCAAUGCGAUACACUCGUCCAUGCGCCAAUGGGGCUCUUCUUUGAAUCACAAUGGGAUGUCGUUCUUCAUGGCUCAGGUUCCGGCCGGCACGCAGUUCUACCACGGGACAGGCUUUCAGCAACCCGUCGAGGGUAUGGAAUGGCUAGCGUUCGAACCGGAACAUGCUAGCUACUUCGCCAGGAGGCUGAAGCGGCCGAAUGACACCGAGGGCUCAGAAGUCAAGACCGGCGACCGUAUCCAACUGGCUCCGACUCACGAUGGUGGAAUGGUGCGCCAGGUUCCUGUCCAGGAAGCCAACGCCAAACGUCCCAGGUAUGAAUUUGAGCCUGGGUGGCUGCAUACAUACAGGACGAAAGACGCUCUCCCUCUGCUUUACAUCGAUGGCAUGUCAGCAGCCAAGGCCGAGGUGGGCACGCUCGACUCUCAAGAUGUCUUGCUCUUGAAUGUGACCAGGGACGAGCGACACGGAUUCUGGGACUACGAACGUGCAAGGCGCCUGUGCAAGCUAGCCGACGAGAAUUGGCAUGGCAAGGUCAAGGGCUUUAUACGGAUGGAGGCUGGCUUUGAGAUCAUUCUCUGCUCAUUUGUCGAGAAUGUCGAUAUUGUCUCCGCAGUCAGAACAGGGCCCUCCACCCCAGACGGCGAUGAACCGGACCCGAACGAUCCCAUCCGUGAGAACAUCAUGGUAUUGAUCAAGGCCAUAAGUGCUCGAUACGAUGGCAUUGGCGGUGGCAGGGUGUUGCUUGAUUACAACAACUUCGUGACUAGCUAUGCGUAUGAUCUCGAGCUGUUCAACAACGGUGGAGACCUUCCCAGGCUCGAAAACCUAUCUGUCGCUUCCCUUGACAAGGUUCGCAAUGAUGUGGACGCCAUGGUCACAAAUUGGGAACCUUCCGACUCCAAUACCGUUAAUUGGCAGAGCAUCGCUGACAUGGUUGUGGAACGAUACGCAAAUGAGCUGCAGUACCUGGUGUCAGACAUGCUAAUCACUCCACAAGCGUUCUUCUAUGAAUUGUCGACCGUCCUUCGCGUCUUCAUCGACUCGGAUAAUCGUAAUUCUACAACAGAAGUGGAACGGUGUGUGAAUCAGUUCGUUCCUACCAGGAUCAAUUCCUCGGCAUCUAUUGCAGGUCGUGCUAUUGAUGCCGUCACACGGAGAAUCUGUUCGAGCCUUUUCGCUGCUUUCGAUGGCAAUGUGUCUGUUUCGGAAUCAAAGGCAAACUUGCGCUCACUUAUGACAUACCUAGACUGGACCACUUGGAAAAAGUGCGGUGAUUGCGCGCUGGACGAAGUCUGCUUCAUACCGGUCUGGCCUUAUGGAGCGGAAGAGGAUCGACGACAUCCACGAUGUCGAAACGCGACAGAAAUCGGCUGGAGACAAGGUGGUUGGCAGUGGAGUUACUGGAUAUGA